AGGGAGGGGAUUUAAUCUUUAAUUUAUGGACUGCCCGCAUGUUAAGCGACAGCCAACACAGGAUUUGCCUUUGCUUGCGAUGCAGUGUUGUUUAACACUGUUUCCAGACCCAAUGCACUCUGUAUUGCAUAAAUCUCGGAGAAGAGUUCAAUCAGCAAAUGGCAUCUGCCUUAAGAAGCUCAUUUGCAAAUCUGUUCUUUUUCUUUCUACUCAAAGCCCAAAACCUCAACUUCUACCAUUUUUGCACUUGUUUCAAUUUCACAUUCGUCUUUUACAUUCUUUCCUUCCUUAAAAUAGAUGCAAAGGACUCAUUAGACAAGGUUUUAGGUUCGAGUUCUAGCAUUCGUUUAGUUUAUGUGAAUUUAAUAUAUUAUCGUCAAUCUCAAUAAAUAAUAUCCUUAUUUAAAAUAAUUUUUAAAUUUUUAAAUUUUUUUAAAAAAAUUUAUUUAUAUAAAAAAAAAAAAAAAAAAAAAAAAAACUACAGCAUGUGGCAACGCUACAUUCUUUCCUUGAUGUGAGGUUAGACACACACGCACGCACUAUUUAGUCCCGAGGGGCACAGUUAGCACUUCAUUCAUCUGCCACGUGGUGCUCUGUGAAUGUCGUUUGAUGAAUGAUGAUGGAUCUAUAUAUCUUUGCGUGAAUUUUGACCAAGUUAAAAGAAAUCAAGACAGCUGUCUGUCUGUAGGAGCAUGAAUUCUAUAGCAUAGGGAUUGGGGAGGAAACCAAAAAAACCAGUCAAAUUAAAUUUAAGUGCUUACCAAACAAGGAAAACAAUAUUUACGUUUUAGUUACCUUGCCAUAAAUGUAAUCAUCUUAAGUCUGGUGCCAAAAGUAAGCAAGCAACUCCCUCUCUCUCUCUCUCUCUCUCUCUCUCUCUCUCUCCCUCCCAUUGGGAUAUUGCCUAAAAAGCGACCUAAAACCCAGAGAGAUGCACGCACAAAGCACGCGCCUUAGAACGAUUAUAUGGCAAAAUUUCAUGCAUGAAAGUCCCCAUGUACCGACCACUUAGACCCAAAAAACUGCUCUCCCCACCCACAUAUCACUCAACACACACCCAACCUCCAUCUCUCCCUCUCUCUCUCUCUCCCAUCCCAUGCUGCCAACCUUUUUCCAUUUUCCAUCUGUUUCAAUCCAAGCUAGCUACCUCCAUUUCGAUCAAAACCAUAACUUUCCCAACAAAAUCUGAACCACUCACAAAACCCAACUUGAAAUUAUGAUCAGCUCCGAUAACCAGUCCUUAGUUCACAGAACCCACACAACCCAAUCUCAUCAGCAAGAUGAACAACCCGACCAAUCAUCACAACCCACCAUUGAUUUUGAUCCUCAAAACAAUUGCAGGCCUCCCCAUACAAACCCAAUUCGCUAUUUGCUUCGCGAGCAGCGCCUCCUCUUCGUCCUCAUUGGCAUCGCCAUAGCCACCCUCUUCUUCAGCAGGUUCCCCUUAUCAAACCCGGAACUGGCGACGACCCACGACCCGGGUUUCGAAUCCGAGUCGGGUCUCGACCUCCCGGCCAACCCGACCCGGAGGGUGCUCUACGAGGCCCGGGGUGUUGGGUUUGGGUCUGUGAUGAGCGCGGGUGGGAAGGUGCCGCUGGGUCUGAAGAAGAAGAACCAGAGGAUUGUGGUGACCGGUGGGGCCGGGUUCGUGGGGAGCCACCUCGUGGACCGUCUGAUCGCGAGAGGGGACAGCGUGAUCGUACUGGAUAAUUUCUUUACGGGGAGGAAGGAGAACCUGGUGCACCACUUUGGGAACCCCAAGUUCGAGCUCAUUCGACACGACGUCGUUGAGCCGAUUCUGUUGGAGGUUGACCAGAUCUACCACCUCGCUUGCCCUGCUUCCCCUGUUCAUUACAAGUUCAAUCCGGUCAAGACCAUCAAGACCAAUGUGGUGGGCACAUUGAACAUGCUGGGACUGGCAAAAAGAGUGGGUGCACGCUUCUUGCUCACAAGCACCAGUGAGGUGUAUGGCGACCCUUUGCAGCACCCUCAGGCUGAGUCCUACUGGGGCAAUGUCAACCCCAUCGGAGUAAGGAGCUGUUACGAUGAGGGAAAACGCACAGCAGAGACUCUCACCAUGGAUUACCAUAGAGGCCUUGGCAUUGAGGUGAGAAUUGCUCGGAUUUUCAAUACUUAUGGACCACGUAUGUGCAUCGAUGAUGGUCGUGUUGUUAGCAAUUUCGUAGCUCAGGCACUAAGGAAGGAGCCAUUGACAGUUUACGGUGAUGGCAAGCAAACCAGAAGUUUCCAAUACGUUUCUGACUUGGUUGAGGGUCUAAUGCGGCUGAUGGAAGGAAAUCAUGUGGGCCCCUUCAAUCUUGGCAACCCUGGUGAAUUCACCAUGCUAGAACUUGCACAGGUUGUACAAGACACUAUAGAUCCAAAUGCAAAGAUAGAGUUCAGGCCCAACACAGAAGACGACCCACAUAAAAGGAAGCCAGACAUUUCAAAGGCUAAGGAGCUUCUCGGGUGGGAGCCUAAUGUGUCCCUCCGCAAGGGCCUUCCUCUUAUGGUCGCCGACUUUAGACACCGUAUAUUUGGUGACCCAAGAGACAAUGAAGGAGGCUCUACAACCUUCGCUUGAUUUUCACGUACUGUUGAUGAGGAAAAGUAGGAAAAAAGAAGAAGAAAGAGAAAUAGAUGUGAAAAAUAAAGUUAGAAUAAAAAUUGAAAUUCUGAUUGUUAGCUUUAUAUCUGUGAUGUUUCUUGGUUACUCCUUAUAGGAAUAAAAUUUGGCAUGUGGGAUUUGCCAACGGAAGAUUAUUCUCAGAAUAGUAUA